AUGAUUCAACUGGGCGGUCUCUUCGCCAGGCCGACCGGGACCGGCGCCGCAAUUGCCGGAAUCGCAACGGCGACUCUAGUCCUGGGCAUCUAUCUCCGUGUGCGACCAGCGCUGGUCGAAUUGCGCCCACUGCCCAUUGAUCGCCAUGUGAUCCACGCGCGGACGCGGGAGGCCGCCUCUUCCCCGGACACGACCAAUGUGCCGCCGCCUCCAUACCGGUUGGAUGAGUUCCCGGGUGGACGGCAGAUUCGGACCUCCUACGGCACGUUGCAGGUUUUCGAAUGGGGGCCCGAAGACGGUGACAAGGUCCUUUUGCUGCAUGGAAUCGGCACUCCGUGCAUUGCCAUGGGCGACAUGGCAAAAGAGUUUGUAGCAAAAGGAUGCAGAGUCAUGCUGUUUGAUCUGUUUGGACGAGGAUACUCGGAUGCCCCGGCUGAUCUGCCAUAUGAUGAUCGCCUCUACACCACGCAGAUACUACUGGUGCUGUCCUCAUCACCGCUCCCGUGGACCGGCUCUUCCGCAUUCCACCUCCUGGGGUUCUCGCUCGGCGGUGCCAUCGCCGCCUCCUUUGCCGCGUACCACGCCAACAUGCUGCGCUCCGUCACGCUCAUCUGCCCUGGUGGACUCGUGCGUCCCGCGCACAUAUCCUGGCGCAGUCGUCUUUCCUACAUGGAGGGCGGCCUCCUGCCCGAGUGGCUGAUCCAGCGCCUGGCGCGCAAGAGGCUGCGGCCGUCUCCCACCCACCACACGAGCGUCGACAUCCCCGACGGCGCAGAGGACGCCGACGUCGACUUUGACGCGGUGCCCGUCGCGAGGGAUGCGCCCACCGGCCCCAAGGUCGGCGAGGUCGUGCAGUGGCAGUUUGACGGCAACGACGGCUUCGUGCCCGCGUACGUGAGCACCAUUCGCAACGCGCCCAUUUACGCGCAGCACGAAGCACUCUGGCCCCUUCUGGCGGAGGCACUGGCUACGCGGAGGACGGGCAGCUCCGAGGCAGAUCUUCCCGCCGGGAUGGAGACGGGCCGGAUCUGCCUCAUUGUGGCGGAAAAAGAUCCAAUUGUCGUGGCGGCAGAAUGCAUCGAGGACGCGCGCGCUGUGCUCGGCGAAGAUGGUGUGGAUGCGCACAUCGUCAAGGGAGGCCACGAGAUUGGUAUCUCGCGGGGUAAAGAGAUUGCCAACAUUGCCAUGGAAUCUUGGACAAGAUUUAGAAACGAAACGAAUGUUUUGGGCGGUCUCGCGAGUGAUAUGUCAGGUUCCCAGAACGAGGUCGUGUCCUCAGCAGCGUACGAUGCUGCAAAUACCUCUGCCAAGAUUUAA